CUCAAAUUUAAAAAAUAAAUAUAAAAUUCUCUCUUUCUCUCUCACGUACAAAAAACACGCACAAAUUAUGCAGACAUGUUUCUCUCACCGAGUGCAAUUAUUAGGAUCUUGACGGUAACAUGUUGAUUGGAAGUUCGAACAUUGCACUGCGUUCUUCGACCAUACGGAGCUGUAAAAUUAAUUGAGAUUUUGUGUCAAGUAGAUAAUAUGGGGGGUGUAUUGACAGAGUCAUGGUUCAGUAAUAUAUGGAGGAGUUCGAGAAAGAGCAUAGCACUGGAACCUGAAAAGCCCGUGAUAGGAAUUUUGGCAUUCGAAGUCUCGAGAUUGAUGUCAAAGGUGGUUUAUCUGUGGCAAUGUCUAGAUGAUAGGCAAAUUGUUAGAUUCAGAGAAGAGGUUGUAAACUCGAUUGGGAUUCAAAAGCUCGUUUCUGAUGACGAUGAUCAUCUCAUGGAUCUUGCUCUUGCUGAGAUACUAGAGAAUUUGGGAAGUGUGGCCAAAUCAGUGACUAUACUGGGGAAGAAGUGUGCUGGUCCAAUAUAUCACAAUCUUGAGCGUGUUUUUGAAAACCCACUUGACAUUGAUCUUAAUUGGAAUGGUUGGCGAUAUAAGCUGAAGAAGAUGGAAAGGAAGGUUAAGAAAAUGGAACGGUUUGUUGGCGCCACCGACCAGUUGUUUCAAGAGCUUGAAGUGUUGGCAGAGCUUCAGCAGAGUCUGAGGCGGAUGCAGGCUGGUGCUGGUUUAGGCCAAGUGAAAUUGCUCGAGUUUCAGCAGAAGGUAGUUUGGCAACGUCAGGAAGUGAAGAAUCUGCGGGAGAUGUCUCCUUGGGUUAGAACGUAUGACUACAUUGUACGCCUUUUGCUUAGAUCCAUUUUCACUAUUGUUACGAGGAUUAAACAUGUAUAUGGUAUAAGUCAUAUAGAAAAUGUGGAGGGAAUUAAUCAUUAUGAGUGCAUCCCCAAUGAUUGCCUUACUCGUAAUAAUUCCAUGUCUGCUAUUUUGAAAUUACCACCACCUCCAUCUGAAAACAACCUGUCUAGAUUUCCUGGUCCUUUUGGAAGGUCAUUUUCAAAUCUGGAUCUGAGCUGUGAUAAGAAUAGAUCUAGGAACAAGAAGUUGCACACCCGCUCACUGUCGUCUCUUGGUUGUGGGAUACAGCAAAAAACAAAAUCGAGGCAUUUUGAUCCUGUUGGACCUUUCAAAGGAUGCAUGACGGGUGGAAGUGAUUCACCUGUUGUUCAGAGCUACACACCAUUGAGCAUUGGCGCUUUGAGAUCAAAUGGUGCUUCAAAGAGAUAUGCAGAUGAAACAAAUGACACCAAUGCAGUUUCCGGCAAAGUAUCUUUCUUCAAUUUCAAGCGUCAGCUUUUAAAUGCCCCUCCGUCUACUCUAGGUUAUGCUGCUUUAGCACUCCACUAUGCAAAUAUCAUCAUAUUAAUCGAGAAGCUCACUUCAUCUCCUCACUUAAUCAGCCUUGAUGCAAGAGAUGACCUUUACACUAUGUUACCUGCAAGUAUCCGAAGCUGUCUCAGGGUCAAGCUAAAGGUUUUUUCCAAAACUUCGGCAUGUGCUUAUGAUGCUGCCUUUGCAGCGAACUGGAGCUUCGCAGUGUCGAGAAUACUCGAAUGGUUGUCUCCACUUGCUCACAACAUGAUAAGAUGGCAUUCUGAGCGAAACUUUGAGAGGCAGCAAAUGGUUUCCAGGACGAAUGUGCUCCUUGUCCAAACCCUUUACUUUGCAAACCAAGAAGAGACUGAAGCAGCAAUUGUGGAACUUCUCAUGGGCCUAAAUUACCUCUCAAGAUUUGCUCAGGAAAUUACUGAAAAGCCCUUCCGAAAAUCUUCAUGCAGCAGAGGAUGUGAUGGUAAUAUGUUCCCCAAGGAUAACUUCUACAACAUGACAUCAAGUGAGGUAUAAGAUCCAAUGGCAGGAUUCAUGAAGAGUUCUUUUGCUUCUUAAUCAAACUGGCGCUGCUGUUUCAUAAGUUUCAGCUUUCUUCAAAAGCAUUUCGUCAAGUCAAAGGUACUCUUUUAAGCACUCAAAUGAGAACCUCAUUGCUGCUUUUAAGUAAUCAAAUGACUCGACUUCUUGGGCUGCGCCAUGGAGGUUUACUGAUUUCUUCAUAUAAAAAAGUAGCUUAAAUAUGUCAGCCAUUCUCGCGUGGAAAGCUUAGCACUUCCUUUUCGCAAUCAUUCUUUAGCUAAUCUGGGAAUGUAUGUUAUUGUUGCAAAUAGAUUGUAUUUCAAUUUGCUUUUCAUUGGCAGUGUUUGCAAAUGUAAAACGGUCUGCAUUUUAGUGAUUUUGUAUAGCUAAUGAGUCUCUUUCCGUAGAUCAGUUGUGUUGUUUACAUUGAGCCUCAAUGUGUAGAUAAAUUUUUAUCUGCUAUUGAUUGUUUGGUUUUCUGACUCGCU